CUGCCUUCUUGGAACCCUGUAGUGUUACGGCACCCAAUUUCGCUAGUUGUCUAUCGAAAAAUCUGGGCAAUUUGCUAAAGGAAUGGAAGGAUGGUGUUCCUGGACUACGCACAGUCAACGCCAUCGACCCCUUAGAAAUUCAAAGGAUUAUUGUCGAUGGUGAUCCCUUGAGUCCGAUUGGCAUUCACUUGGAAAUGGAAAAUGUUACCGUGGAGGGCAUAAGUGAGGCUCAAUGUACAGAGGCAAGCUUCAAAGCCAAACCCCUGAGUCUUCAGGCCAAAUUUCUGGUACCAAAGAUAGUAAUAAGUGGAGAUUAUAAUAUAACGGGCCAUCUAUUGGAAUAUCCAUUGGAUGGUAUUGGCAAAGCAUCACUAACAGUUGAAAAAUCUCUUGUCGACAUCAGUAUACGUUUCAUUGUGCGCGAGGAGCGAAAUCUUCUCUUCACCGAUGUGGAACGUUUACAUUUGAAUUUACGUGACAUUAAUGGACUGCGCCUAUCGCUGGAUAAUCGUGCCGCCGAAGAUAAAGCCAAUCAAAUAUUAAAUCAAAAUGAACCAGGGAUUUUUGAAAUCCUGCGACCAAGUUUGAAUGGGGCUUUUGGCAGAAUUAUGAAAGAUUAUUGGUCGAAAAUAUCUGCCUAUGUACCGGCAACAUAUAUGUUUGAAGAUUUGCCGAUUGUAAGCAGAAUAUAUAGGGUAUAA